ACUCCACAUGAUGCUCUCUUCAGGAAGGCUACCUGAAACAAAAGUGCUGCCCUCUAAGUCCUGUUGAUCUCUUUCCUAUAAGGAGAAUUUACAGAAGUGAAAGCUGAGCUUUCUGGAAUUUCGGGAACAUCAGGUUGAUGUGAACAAACUUUACUUUAUCUUCCUCUUGAGAAUCAUGCAAAACCAGAGCUUUGUCACUGACUUCAUACUCCUGGGACUUUCACAGAACCCAAAUGUUGAGAAAAUACUAUUUGUUGUAUUUUUGUUGCUCUAUCUUACAACUAUCGGGGGCAACAUGACAAUUGUGGUGACCAUUGUGUGGAGCCCUGCAUUGCUGGGCUCCCCCAUGUACUUCUUCUUGUCGUUCCUCUCCUUAUUGGAUGCAUGUGUCUCUUCUAUUGUCACACCCAAGAUGAUUGUAGAUUUAUUCUAUAAGAGAAAGACCAUCUCCUUUGAAUGCUGCAUGACACAAGUGUUUGCUGUUCACUUCUUCAGUGCGGUGGAGGUGAUCAUCCUGGCAGCCAUGGCCUAUGACCGCUAUGUGGCCAUUUGCAAGCCCUUGCACUACUCUUCCAUUAUGAACAGGAGGGUCUGUGGCACUCUGGUGGGGGUUGCCUGGGCAGGUGGCUUCUUACAUUCUAUUAUACAAAUUGCCUUCACUUUGCAAUUGCCCUUCUGUGGACCCAAUUUUAUUGAUCAUUUCAUAUGCGACUUGUUCCCAUUGUUGAAGCUUGCCUGCACGGACACACGCAUUUUUGUCAUUUUGGUGUUUGCCAACAGUGGGUCUAUCUGCAUCAUUAUAUUCUCCUUUUUGCUUGUAUCCUAUGGUGUCAUCUUGUUCUCUCUGAGAGGUCACAGUUCUGAAGGGCGACGUAAAGCUCUCUCCACCUGUGGAUCCCAUAUUACUGUUGUGGUUUUGUUCUUUGUUCCAUGCAUAUUAAUAUAUGCACGACCUACAUCCCCAUUCUCUUUGGAGAAAAAUGUAUUUAUAUUUGCUGAUGUCUUGACACCAUUGCUCAAUCCUAUGGUUUAUACUUUCAGGAAUAAGGAAAUGAAAAACGCUAUCAGAAAAAUGUGGCGAAGUUUUAUAGUGGUUCCUGAUGCUCACUAA